CACGCAUGCGCACAGGACCCUGAAGGCCUUGAAAAUGUCGGCUGCAGGUUAAAAACGAGAAGGAAUUUGUCUCCAGGAAUCUCAAUCAUGGCACGCCAGUUUUGUUGACUCUUUCUAGGUAUUUUAGAAGUGGAGCAGGGGAUUCAAUUGACCAUCCUUCCUGCUCAGACUGUGGGGAGGAAUUCACUCGGUCAUUUGACCAACUGGCACGCCCAUCAUUUUACACAGGAGAACGGCCGUUCACCUGCUCAGACAGUGGAAAUGGAUUCACUCGGUUAUCACAAUUGAAGGUACAUCAGCAAGUUCAUACUGGGCAAGGCCAUUUUCCUGUUCUGUGUGUGAGAAAGGAUUCAGUCAGUCAUCCCAGUCAGUUCACAAUAGGCAGAGGCUGCUCCUCUGCUGAAUUUAUGAGGAACGAUUCACUCGGUCAUCUGACCUAAUGGCUCACCAGCGAGUUCACACCAGGGAGCGGCCAUUCACCUGUUUGGACUGUAGGAAGGGAUUCACUUGCUCAUAUAAACUGAAAGUUCAUCAUCGAGUUCACACUGGUGAGAAACCAUUCACCUGCUCAGUCUGUGAAAAGAGAUUCAGUCACUCUUCCACACUACGGAGACACCAGCGAGUUCACACUGGGGAGAAGCCAUUCACCUGCUCAGUCUGUGGGAAGAGAUUCUCUGAGUCAUCUGCCCUACUGGUACAUCAGCGAGUUCACACCGGGGAGAAGCCGUUCAUCUGCUCAGACUGUGGGAAGAGAUUCACCGAGUCAUCUGGCCUACUGGUACAUCAGCGUGUUCACACUGGGGAGAAGCCAUUUACCUGCUCAGACUGUGGGAAGAGAUUCACUCAGUCAUCCACCCUACAGAGUCAUCUGCGAGUUCACACUGGAGAGAGGCCGUUCUCCUGCUCAGAGUGUGGGAAGGGAUUCAUUCGGUCAUCCCAACUACUGGCACACCAGCGCGUGCACACUGGGGAGUGGCCUUUCACCUGCUCAGAAUGUGGGAAAGGAUUCACUGAGUCAUCCACCCUACAGAGACAUCAGCGAGUUCACACUGGGGAGAAGCCGUUCACCUGCUCAGUCUGUGGGAAGAGAUUCACUCAUUCAUCCACCAUACAGAGACACCAGUCAGUUCACACUGGGGAGAGGCCGUUCACCUGCUCAGACUGUGGGAAGGGAUGCACUAAAUCAUCUAUACUGAAAGUACAUCAGCGAGUUCAUGCUGGAGAGAGGCGGUUCACCUGUUCAGAAUGUGGGAAGGGAUUCACUCAGUUACACCAUCUACAGAGGCACCAGCGAGUUCACACUGGGGAGAAGCCAUUCACCUGCUCGGAAUGUGGGAAGAGAUUCACUGAUUCAUCCAUCCUACAGAGACACCAGCGAGUUCACACUGGAGAGAAGCCGUUCACUUGCUCAGUCUGUGGGAAGAGAUUCACUCGGUUAUCCACCCUACGGAAUCAUCAGCGAAUUCAUACUGGGGAGAAGCCAUUCACCUGCUCGGAAUGUGGGAAAGGAUUCACUGAUUCAUCCAACCUACAGAAACAUCAGCGAAUUCACACUGGGGAGAAGCCGUUCACCUGCUCAGAAUGUGAGAAGAGAUUCACUGAUUCAUCCACCCUACAGAAGCAUCAGCGAGUUCACACUGGGGAGAAGCCGUUCACAUGCUCAGUCUGUGGGAAGGGAUUCACUCGGUCAUCCACCCUACAGAGUCAUCAGCGAGUUCACACUGGGGAGAAGCCGUUCACUUGCUCAGAAUGUGGGAAAGGAUUCACCCAGUCAUCCCGACUACUGGCACACCUGUCAGUUCACGAUGGGGAGUGGCCGUUGUUAUGAAUGUCUAGGUUUCAUUUGUUGUGGACUAUCAUUUCAAGAGAGAGAGAGAGAGAGAUUAGGAAGGUGAAUCAGUCUGACUUGCUACUUGUUUACAUCACUCGCAGCUUGUUUAGUUUUAACCGAGGACACAGACACUCAGAGUCAGACAGAGACGAAGGAGGAAAAAUGGAAGGAUUGAAACCAGGGAACUAGUGGCCAAGAGUCACUGUUUGGAUUUUCCUAUGCCCACAAGUGUGAGCUAAUUAUCAAUUCCGUCAUCUCGUUUGAUCCAUAGGAGUGGAUCGGAUUUGGGGUAUCCUGUGAAGACCACUGAAUGUGUUAACCCUUGCCUGGGCAUGGUGUGGUAAUUCACUUGAACAGGAUACCCCUUGUGACAAGUCACUUUCGGUGAUAAUUCAUAUGUGGAUUUGGAAUGAUGACAGAUCAAAUCUACAGUGACUGUUUCCCCCAUUUUACCUCCAUGGAACCUGUGGAAUUCGAUAAAAUUUCCUUCUCUCGACAUUUACCCUGGAUUACAAAUAUGUCUCUCUCAUCACCUAUUCUGUGGUUGAACUGAACUUACAUACUUUAGUAUCUCAAGACUCCAAGUCUUGUUUCCCCCGAGCUCAAUAGUUUGGGAGUUAUAUUUACACGCAUAUAUACACAUAACACUGUUAACUUCUGUUCAUCGUGCUUAAGUUACCAGAUUACAAGGAGAUUCUAAUAAGGAUAGUUUUAACAUCAAAAACAGACUCAGGUGUAGUGGGGCCUGUGUCCAGGAUAUGAACAGAUUUGGGGGCGUAUUGAUUAAUUAUCGAUUUCAUUGGGGAAAUCCCUUUUGAUUUAUUUGUGGGUGGAAAAUCAGCAGCAAUGGAUGUUGAUAGAUAUCUGGAAGUGCCAACCUCUGAGGCAUUAGAUGACGCCAGAAGGAUUGGGUUGUUGAGUAUUGCUAAAAGGUUAAAAAUUGCUAAGGUGAAAUUUAUGAUCAGGUGGGCACAGAUGCAGAGGAUAAUCGCUGAACAUUAUGUAUCUGACAAUGUGUUUAAAGUGGAGGUGUUGGAGGUGUUUCCUGAAAGUAAACCUCGUGAGCUUGAGCUCCCGUAUAAAUGACAAAAAUUAAAGAUGGAGGCUGCAGAAAGGCAGAGGCCAUUUAAAGCUAGAGAGGCAGAAAAAUAGAGAGAAGAGGCAGUAAAACAGUGGGAGGACGCAGAAAGACAGAGGCUGUUCGAGCUGGAAAAGAUAGAGAGAUUACAGCAAAGGGGUCUAGUGUUACACUCUGGUGAUAAGUUUGAGGCCAGUUGGGAAGUUAAAUUGCUGCCUCCAUUUGACAAGGCAAAGGUUGAUAAACACUUCCAGUAUUUUGAGAAGGUUGCUCAGAGUUUAAAGUGGUCAAAAGAGGGUUGUCCUAUUCUCUUACAUAGUGCAAUUAAGGGGGAGGCUCAGCAAGCCUAUUCUGCUUUGACAAUUGAUGAAGCAGCUGAUUAUAGAUCAUAGAACAGCACAUCACAGUACAGGCCCUUCAGCCCACAAUGUUGUGCUGACCUUUAAUCCCUGCCCCCCAUAUAUCCUCCACCCACCUUAAAUUCCUCCAUAUAUCUGUCUAGUAGUCUCUAGUGUAUCUGCCUCCACCACUGACUCAGGCAGUGCAUUCCGCACACCAACCACUCUCUGAGUUAGAAAAAAAACCUUCCUCUAAUAUACCCCUUGAACUCCGCACCCCUUACCUUAAUGCCAUGUCCUCUUGUAUUGAGCAGUGGUACCCUAGGGAAGAGGCACUGGCUGCCCACUCUAUCUAUGCCUCUUAAUAUCUUGUAUACCCCUAUCAUGUCUCCUGUGAUCCUCCUUCUCUUCAACGAGUAAAGCCCUAGCUCCCUUAAUCUCUGAUCAUAAUGCAUGCAGUCUAAACCAGACAUUAUCCUGGUAUAUCUCCUCUGUACCCUUUCCAAUGCUUCCAUAUCUUUCUGAUAGUGAGGUGACCAGAAUUGGAUACAGUACUCCAAGUGUGGCCUAACCAGAGUUUUAUAGAGCAGCAUCAUUACAUCGCGACUCUUAAACUCUAUCCCUCAACUUAUGAAAGCUAACACUCCAUAAGCUUUCUUAACUACCCUACCUACACGUGUGGCAACUUUCUGGGAUCUGGGGACAUAAACCCCCAGAUCCCUCUGCUCCUCCACAGUACCAAGUGUCCUGCCAUUUACUUUGUACUCUGUCUUGGAGUUUCACCUUCCAAAUUGCACCACCUCACACUUCUCCGGGUUGUACUCCAUCUGCCACUUUUCAGCCCAUUCCUGGAUCCUAUCAAUGUCUGUCUGCAAUCUUUGUCAAUCCUCUACACUAUCCACAACACCACCAACCUUUGUGUCAUCUGCAAACUUGUCAACCCUCCCUUCUACCCCCAUAUCCAGGUCGUUAAUAAAAAUCACGAAAAGUAAGGGUCCCAGUACCGAUUUAUGUGGGACACCACAAGUUACAACCCUCAAAUCCAAAAUGUACUCACUCCACCAUGACUGUCUGCUUUCUGUAGGUAAGCCAAUUCUGAAUCCACCUGGCCAAAUAUCCCUUCUGACUUUCUGAAUAAGCUUACCGUGGGGAACCUUAUCACAUAGUGAAACAGGCUGUGCUCAAAGCUUACAAGAUGGUCUCAGAAUCAUACUGCAAAUGUUUAGAAAUUUGAGGAAAUCUGUGAACCAGACUUAUAUGGAAUUUGCUUAUGAGAAGUUUGUGUGUUUUGACCGCUGGUGCACAUGUAAAAAUGUGAAUGAUGAUUUUAACAGCUUGAAAGAGUUGGUUUUAAUUGAAGAAUUCAAAAGCUGAGUGUCUGAUGACCUAAAGACAUAUUUAGAUGAAAAGGAUGCUGCCACUUUGCAGGAGUCUGCUAGAUUAGCAGAUGAGUUUGUUUUAACUUAUAAGGUUAAGUUUACCCAGAAUAAGAGCUUCCAAAAGAGUAGCAGGGAUAACCAGGGUAAACCAGAAAUUGAAGCUGGGACCAGUGACAAGAGUAAGGAUGAAGGGAAGCAGUUGAAGGAGAAAUAUUCUGGUCUCACUUGUUACUAUUGUAAGAAAUCUGGUCAUAUGAUGGCUAAUUGUUCUGUCCUGAAGAAGAAAAAGGAAAAGGAGGCAGUCCCAAAUGCCUGUGUUCAGUAUGUUGAAGCACCUAUAAACCCAUAGGGUUCUGAACAUUCUGUUGAGGCUCAAUUAAGGACUGAGAGGUCUGACCGAGAUAAGAAGGGAUUCGAUCAUUUUAUGUCAGAUGGGUUUGUAUUAGCAAAGGAAGGGUCAACCCCAGUACCAGUGAAAAUUCUUCGAGAUACUGGGGCUUCUCAGUCACUUAUAUUAGACAGUGUUCUAAUGUUUGGUGAUGAGACUGACACUGGAGAGGAGAAGUAAAUCUAAUUAAAGGCAUUGGGGUUGGUAUCGUUUCUGUACCAUUGCACAAGGUAACUUUACAGUCAGGGUUGGUUUUGGGACCUGUUAAGAUUGGAUUAUGCUCCAGUUUACCGGUGGAAGAUGUAACUUUGCUGUUAGGGAAUGACCUGGCAAAUGUUAAAGUUGUUCCUGCAGUGCAGUUCACAACUAAGUCAGCCACUGACGACCCACAAAUGGAUUUUAACAUUCAUCAUUCCUGCGCAGUAACUAGAAGUAUGGCUAAAAAGUCUGCCGAUGCAGACAGUUCUGUGCAGCAUGAUUCUGAUACCCAUGAUGGCCAAAAUCGGGAUUCAGGUUAUGACGACUUGUCAGGGACUUCUCUGCCUUCAUUUUUUCAACAGGAUUCAGGUAGUAAGUCUGAUGAGAAAGACUUAUUCCUGUCUAGGAAGGAGUUUAUUGCAGAAGAGAACCAAGACCCUGAGAGUGAAGUUUUGAAAGAAACAGCUGUCUCAGAUGAUGAGAUUAAGAAAGUGCCAGUAGGAUAUUAUCUCGAGGAUGGAGUGUUAAUGAGGAAGUGGAGGCCACCUGCUAUACCAGCAAGUGAGGAAUGGGCAAUUGUUCAUCAAGUUGUAGUUCCUAAAGUUUAUAGGGCUGAAAUUUUAACUUUGGCCCGUAGUAUGCCCUUUGGUCGACAUUUUGGAGUGAAUAAAACUGUAAACAGGAUUAUGAAAUACUUCUACAUGCCUAAUUUUGGGAAAUACGUUGUGACCUUUUGCAGAACCUGUCACACUUGUCAUGUCGGUGUCGGUUUGAUAGAAGGCCCACCGUGGUCUAUACCUGCAUUCGGUGAACCCUUUUCUAAAGUUAUCGUGGAUUGAGUUUGCCCGUUGCCAAAUACUAAAGCUGGCCAUCAGUAUUUUCUAACUAUUAUGAGUACUGCAUCCAGAUUCCCAGAGGCAAUACCUCUCAGAAAUAUUGAAGUUAAAACUCUGGUGAAGGCUGUUACCAAAUUUUUUUACUUGAUUUGGUUUGCCUAAAGAAAUCCAGUCUGAUCAAGGAAGUAAUUUUACAACUGGAUUAUUCCAGCAGGUAGUUUAUGAACUGGGAGCUAAACAAAUUACAUCAUCCGCAUUCCAUCAUGGGUUCCAGAAAGAUUUCACUCUACCCUCAAAACAAUGACAAAGACAUAAUGUGUUCCACACAGUUUCUCUCUCUCUCACACUGUGCCUUGUAAAGGCUUGAAAAAGACAUAAUCGGACGCACGCACAUACACGCCAAAAAAAGACACUGUGUUGAAAAUGUAAAAGACUGGGAUGAAGGAAUGCUUUUGUUGGCAGUAAGAGAGUUGAUAUCGGAAUCACUGGGCUUUAGUCCAUUUGAACUUGUAUUUCGUCACAGAGUGAAGUGACCUUUGCCCUUGUUAAAGAGACAGUGGGUUGAUGGGGACAUACAUGUUAACUUGUUAGACUAUGUUUUGAAGUUCAAAAAUAAACUACACCAGGCCUGUACUCUAGCGAGACAAAACUUAAAGAUUUCUCAAAACAAAAUGAAGUGUUGGUUUGAUAAGCGGGCUUGCGUAAUAAAAUACCAGGUGGGGGAUAAGGUUCUUGCCUAUUUCCAAUGUUGACGAAUCCACCUCAGGCGAAAUUCAACAGACUGUAUGAAAUAGUCUCUCAAAUUAACGAUGUGAAUUAUGUUAUUAAAACACCCGACCGACGUAAACUAA